AUGUUCCAGCAGAAGGCGCCGACACCGGUAUUUUCUUAUGACGUUUGAUGCUCGAUGUCAUAGAUUGAUGCUUCCUAACACCGUGAUCAUCAUUUGGAAAACGAUUCUCAUUCUGCAUACUUCUGAUGCUGUUUCUAAGUAAGUAGACAUACCUAGUAUUCUUAUGUAUCUAGCACAGGAAGCAUAAUUUUCAUAUUAAUUAUUUCCAUCAUCCAAAUCCAUCAAACUUCCACAACAGGCAUCAAGCACGGCUAGCGCACCAAAGGUGCAGCCGUCGAUGGCCGCAGAAGAAGGUGGAAAAGGCAUCCAAGAGCAUUAUGACAAAGCCAGCAGCGUUUGCGGUAUGAUAGUUUCAUCUGAAUUUUGUUGCAGUAAGCUAGUAAUCUAAUUCUAAGUGCAUCUGACACGGUGGAGGACCAUCAUGAGAAAAUUUCCUACUACUAAAGAUGCUGGCUGAUCCAUUGUUUUCAGCCAACAAGCAUGCGUACUCAAAUGUGUCUCACCUUUACCAAGUACUCCACCAAACUAAAGGUCACAUCGAUGAUUUGGUAGCCGCGCUCACAGAAUUGUACGAGGACAAUGCUAAGUGGAAGGGCAAGUACAUUCAAACCAAGAAAGCGCACUUCUCUAAGUUCAUUGGCACAAAUAGCACCAUGCUUCUUGGAAACGCAUUCAGGGAAUGGAAAGCUUGGGCUUUUGAACAGUAUAAUACUCCAUUGUUCUUCUAUUUUUGGUGGUUUUGCUUAUCAUGAUCAUACACCUAUAGUAGAGGAUCUUCAGUAUCGUGCUAGUAUGAAGGCCAUCAUCGUUGUUUUCUCUUACGAAUUUUUGUCACAACAUUCCCAUUAUCCGAUAUCGCUAAUCUCUCAGAACCGCCGCACGACGAUAUGACGCCUUGAGAAUGGAACAGGAGAUCGCAGAAAGAGAAUGGAACUUGAAACUCGAGAACCAGGAGAAAGAACAUGACAAAAGUACUCCAUGAUUGGUGAUUUUGAUUUAGCCAGUGCGAUAACGGUCGUACUGCUGUUAUACGCACCAUAUUAAACAUUAUUUACUCAUCGUAUCUAUCUGACUGUCACCGUGGUUGUACUACUGUUAUAUAUUUGCUGGUACAUCAUUUACAGAGUGGAUGAAGUAGAUUUUCUUUUUUAAAAAGUAAAAGGCUCACAACUGGGACAACAUCUACAUCACGAUCACACCUUAUGAAUAUUCUCUUCACAUCACUCGACACCUUCACCGCAGGAUUGCAAGCUCUCGAAGCGAAUCACAAGUUGGCUAUCGCAGAACUCUCAGAGCAGAUUAGUCAGAGAAAUCAGGAACUCGGAAAGCUGGAGAGCGAGAAAACCACCGUCUUCCUCAAGGGAGAGAAGAGCUACAAAGUCCUGCAGAGUCUCAAGGUAUUACAAGAACUUAUUUACUUAGUUCGCGCUAUGCUACAUAUUUUUGUAGCUGUUGGUCCAGAUGAUGAUCUCAGAAAACUAAUUUUGCGGAAAAAUCCAAGUGAUAUUUUCACAUCUUCGCAAUCUGCACUUGCUUCUUUCUCUACAACUAGGUACAAAGCAAAAAUUCCAAACCCUCCCGUCUUCACUCUUUCUAUCCACACUUGAAAAUAACACCAACAGAACCAACUCGAAGCUCUGGAUGACGAAGAAAUGGCUAUCCACCCGGAGAGACAGCAGGCUCAGGUCACCGGCAACAGCUUCGACUUCCUGAAGAACAGGCUGCACGAUUUGCUCAACCAGGUUGAUCCUAAGUACGUCCCGCCACUCGGCUCCCUCAGCUUGCUGCCGGCUCCGGGACCACUCCUUCACGGAUCGCAACAGUAGACGAGAAGAUCUUGAUCUCUUGUUAGUGUUCUUGCCUUAUGUGAGAACGAAAGGAUUUCCUUCUUGGGGUCGCGGGAACGUCGACGUUUCUUGGUUGAAGGGUAAUCUUUCUCUUGGGUUUAUAUUUCUACGUAGGUCUACGUUGUUAACCUUAACGGAAGAUUUUUUAGUGAAAAGAGGUCCACCAACUACGACAAUGUUAACAAAACUAACCCGGAAUUUUUGUGUAGACAGGCAAACAUAAUAAACUGCGACCGACCGCUCCAAUUACGCAGGUACAACACGAGAGGACGCCGCACUGGGUUAAAUUUAUUUUUUACGCGGCAGGAUGGAGGGCAUGCAAUGGGCCAACAGUUGUCAAGACAGAAAUCAACUACGGGAUAAUAAUAACUAAGAGUUGUAUCUUCUGUUUCUUCUUUUUACCGGUCCAUUCUAAUUCGCACAUCAGUCAAAUGUCAUAAAAUGUUUUUCAUUCAGUCUACAUCUCAAGGUAUAUCUGUCAUCUACUUAAACAUCUUCAUUGACUUAGAUACAACUAGCAUCAAUUGAAAAUAUCAACCAUCAACAACAUUUAUAGGAGUGAGUUUGAAAUUGAAAAGAACAAAGCUAAAAGAACUAACUACAGGGUAAAUGCACAAAUAGAAGUAGUAAGGAAAAUUAGCACUUCACUGGACUAGAGAAAAUGAAAUGGAAUCUUCAUCUUCGACUAAAAAAGUCUUUUCACAGUUUAAUGCAAAAACUACAAGCUGCGAUGUUUGUUGCUCUUUUGUCGUCCUCACAUUCACAAUGAGGCGUAGUUUUGGUGUGUGUAGGACGACUGUGAGGACUGAGCUUAGACCUCCAUAGUUGUGGCACGCGAAUCGGCAGGCAUUAGCGAGGUUGCGUGUUAUCCGUAGUAGGAUCAUUAGCGCUGCUAAUGCAGAACCGUUAUUAUGGUAUGCCAGCUACAUGAACAUAAUAAAAAUAUUCUUCUGCCACGAGGAUGGAAAGGCAGUGAUGUUCAUAUUUUUAUCCUUGUUGCAGCUAACUACUAGUCUAGUCUAGGUACUAAAUCAAACCGUAACCCUAUGACAUCACAUGCCAAUGAGAUCAAGCAGUCCAGGAAAAACUGUACAUAUUGGAUUGAAGAUUGGGAGGGAAGUGUAAAAACAUCAUUAGCUUGUACAAUACGUUGAAUAGAGGAUUGUAAAGAAAAUCAAGAUCUAUCAUUGAAAUGGGAAAAACUACAAAAUCGGCGAGGAUAAGAUAUUAUAGAUAAAAAUAGGCUGUCGAAGGUGGAAAAGAAUGAUUACGAGAAGUCGUGGCUGGACGUGAUGAAAAGCAUCACAAGCACAUGCAGGAGACCACGUGAAACGAAGUCAGUAAUUGUUCACAAGAAGGUAAGAGCACGAGA